AUGUCGGUCCAGCUCGGUGCGACGCCGAACCUAACCGCGCGGCACGUUGUCGUGACGUCAGCGCUGCUGCCGAGGGCUGGGGAGGGUGCGGAGAAGACACUACAGGACUCAGGGCGCGACAUUCCGGAGCUCUCGAUUCCGAAGGCGUCGCUCCCGAAGCACAUCGGCAUCAUCAUGGACGGGAACACGCGCUGGGCCGAGCAACGCGGCCUCCCGACCCUCAACGGGCACGAACGCGGCGUCGACGCUCUCAGGGAGACGGUGCGCGCUUGCGGCGCGUGGGGGGUGCCGGCGAUCACGGUGUUUGCGUUUUCGACGGAGAACUGGCGACGCGGGAGCAGCGAGGUGUCCGGCCUGCUCUCCCUGCUCGAGUCCACGCUUCGCAAGGAGGUGCCCGAGCUGCGCCGCAACGGCGUCCAGCUCCGGUUUCUCGGAGACCUAUCCCGCCUGCCGCUGCCGUUGCAAUCGGCGGCGCGGUGGGCCGAGGCGGAGACGGCCGGGGGCGGCGGGCUGCGGCUCGGCGUCGCGCUGAGCUACGGCGCGCGGCAGGACGUGGUGCGCGCCGCGCAGGAGCUGGCAGCGGAGGUCGCGAGCGGACGCGCGGCGGCGGCGGACAUCACGGAGGAGGCGAUUGCGUCGCGGCUGGGGAGCUCCGGGAUGGGCGACGUGGACCUGCUGGUGCGGACGUCGGGCGAGCGGCGCCUGAGCAACUUUUUGCUGUGGGAGGCGGCGUACGCGGAGUUGUGGUUUUGCGAUGCGUUGUGGCCGGACUUUACGAGCGGGGAGCUGAAGGCGGCGGUGGAGGAUUUCGCGGGGCGGUCGAGACGGUUCGGGGCGCACUGA